UCGUCAGCCUCGCCCUCGGCUUCCGCUUCUCCCGUCUCCUUUUCCUCCUCCUUUUCUCCCCCUCCUCCUCGCCCUCUCCUCCUUCUCCCCCCGUCCUCCUCCUCCACCGCCGCCCCGACCUCCCCCCUCUCCCCGCAUCCGCCGACGCCCUUCGCCACCCCCAACGCCACCGGCAGCCGCGUCGUCGUCGGCCGCCACGGCAUCCUCGUCCGCCCCUGGCCCCACCCGAACCCCACCGAGGUCAUGCGGGCCCAGCGCAUCCUCGAUUGUGUCCAGCGCGAGCAGCGCCUCCAGUACGGCGUCAAGAACCCCCGCCCUCUCCUCGUCGUCACCCCCACCUAUCCCCGCACCUUCCAGGCCCUCCACCUCACUGGCCUCCUCCACUCCCUCCAGCUUAUCCCUUAUCCCCUCACCUGGCUCGUCGUCGAUGCUGCCGGCGUUGGCGCCGCCUCCAACGAGACCGCCGCCCUCCUCGCCCGCUCCCGCGUCCCCGUCCUCCACAUCCGCUUCUCUGGUCGCAUGCCCCUCCGCUGGUCUGACCGCCACCGCACCGAGGCCCGGAUGAGACUGCAAGCCCUCAGAGUCAUCAAAGAGCGUCGAUUGGAGGGCGUCGUGGUAUUCGCCGACGAUAGCAACGUUCACAGCAUGGAGCUAUUCGACGAGAUCCAGAAGGUGAAGUGGAUGGGGGCGGUCUCGGUUGGAAUUGUUGCACAUUCUGGGAAUCCGGGGAUGGUGGCUCCACAGCAGCUGAGCAAGGAGGAGGAGGAGAACUCGCCGGUGCCGGUCCAAGGCCCGGCCUGCAACUCCUCGGGUCAGUUGGCCGGCUGGCAUACCUUCAAUUCUCUGCCAUAUGUGAAUAAAAGUGCCACCUUUAUUGGCGAUGGGGCGAUGGUGCUGCCGCAGAAGCUGGAGUGGGCUGGGUUUGUUCUGAACUCAAAGUUGCUGUGGGAGGAAGAAGAGGGGAAGCCUGAUUGGGUUCGGAAUCUGGAUGAGGUGGGCGUGAAUGGAGAGGAGAUCGAGAGCCCGCUGGAUCUGUUGAAGGAUGCGUCAUUUGUCGAGCCUCUUGGGAACUGUGGGAAGAAGGUUCUGCUGUGGUGGUUGCGUGUCGAAGCCCGUUAUGAUAGCAAGUUUCCUGCUGGAUGGGUGAUAGAUCCACCUUUGGAGAUUAUUGUUCCUGCAAAACGAACUCCAUGGCCUCAUGCACCUCCAGAACUUCCAUCUGGUAAGGUGGCCACCAGUCAAGAUCCCCUGGAGAAACGUUCUUCAAAGACAGGUAGAUCUUCAAGAUCGAGGCGUAGUUCUCGCAAUAAAAGGAAGCGUGAACCACAAAUAGAUACACACAUUUGAGACAUCUCAGAGGCAAGCAAAAUGACACUCACACUCUCAGGAGGAUCUGUCUGUAUUUUCUUGGGUGUAGGUUCACCAGAGGAUAAGCAACCAGCUGUGGUUCGCUUAAUACCUUGUAAUUUCUAGCGGUUGGAGAUGAGAGCAUAAAUCUAUCAGAAUUUGUCUACUGUUCCAUGCGAAGUUGAUAUGGGAACUGUAGACUUUUCAACAGGUGCAGUAACUAUUCCGAAGAUAUAAACAAGCGAUGCUGCUGUUUUUGAUUUGGUAGUUCUACAAUUAACUUGUCUCUGAUGUGAAUCAAGUUUCAUGUAUACCGGGAGUCUGAACCUUGUUUCUGACUUCUUGAGUUCAAUUUCCUUUCGUGUUCAUUCAACUAUUGUGUUUUGUAAUAUAAAGUAUUUUCGGGAAAAAAAAACUGCAAAUAAUAUGCCUUCUUUCGCCUUUUGUCGUAGUUAA